AUGGAAUAUGGAAUCUCAGAUUUCUAUAUCAAACUUGAAACAUCAGACAGAAAACCUGAGAUGAAAAACCUCAGACCUGGUAACUUUGUGAGUAAAGGUCACUUUGCUGGUAAGGGUGACUUUGUUAGUGAAGGUAACUUUGUUGUUGGAGGUAACCCUAACUAUGUUGGUGGAGGUAACUAUGUUGGUGGAGGUAACUAUGUUGGUGAAGCUAACUAUGUUGGUGGAGGUAACUAUGUUGGUGAAGGUAACUAUGUUGGUGGAGGUAACUAUGUUGGUGGAGGUAACUAUGUUGGUGGAAGUAACUAUGUUGGUGGAGGUAACUAUGUUGGUGGAGGUAACUAUGUUGGUGGAGGUAACUAUGUUGGUGGAGGUAACUAUGUUGGAGGUAACCCUAACUAUGUUGGUGGUGGUAACUAUGUUGGUGAAGCUAACUAUGUUGGUGGAGGUAACUAUGUUGGUGGAGGUAACUAUGUUGGUGAAGCUAACUAUGUUGGUGGAGGUAACUAUGUUGGUGAAGCUAACUAUGUUGGUGGAGGUAACUAUGUUGGUGGAGGUAACUAUGUUGGUGAAGCUAACUAUGUUGGUGGAGGUAACUAUGUUGGUGAAGCUAACUAUGUUGGUGGAGGUAACUAUGUUAGUGAAGAUAACAAUGUUGGUGGAGGUAACUAUGUUGGUGGAGUUAACAAUGUUGGUGGAGGUAACUAUGUUGGUGGAGGUAACUAUGUUGGUGGAGGUAACUAUGUUAGUGAAGGUAACUAUGUUGGUGGAGGUAACUAUGUUGGUGGAGGUAACUAUGUUAGUGAAGGUAACUAUGUUGGUGAAGGUAACUAUGUUAGUGAAGGUAAUAAUGUUGGUGGAGGUAACUAUGUUAGUGAAGAUCUUUACUUUGUCUUUUUAAUGAAUAACUAA